CAAACAUACCUCCCUCCAACAUCAGUGCGACAGUUUGCUGCGCACAUCCACGCAAUGCGUCCCUCGCAACUACUAUAUACCCUCCUCCCGUCUACACCAACGCCAACAAGAUUAACACUCCUCUACCUCACCCUCCCCCUCCUCUCCACAACGCCCUCAACAACAGCAUCAGAAACAGACACAGCAACAUGCUACUGGCCCAACGGCGACACCGACACCAAUUACGUCCCCUGCCCAAACAGCAAAUCAUGCUGUUUGCGCGGCGAAGCCUGCCUCUCCAACGGUCUCUGCUACGGUCCGAAACUCAACAUUGCCUAUCGAGGCGCCUGCACCGAUGACUCGUGGCCCAUCAGCGAAUGUCCGCGUGUUUGCUAUGCGGAAAUCCCCGACCACUACAACCACCAACACCACGGUCUCUAUCUCCAGUAAUCUGACAGCGCCCUCUGGGUUGAUACCAACAGGAAUGACCAAUCCUUCCUCUUCAUCAUCAUCAAAUAUACCCACUAUCGCGCUUAGAGCAGGACUCGGCGCCGGUCUGGGUAUACCUCUACUCGUUAUUUCUGCCUUUCUGGUCUACUUCUGUGUUAAAGUGAGGAGACGACUGCGGGCGGCUGGGUUAGAGGGACAUGAGAAUCCGAGGCGAGUGCCGUAUCGUCAUCAAAGCGUGGUGGAGAUAGCUACCCAGCCGCAUAAUAUGGCUACGGAGUUGGAUGGGUUCAGGGCUGGUCGGGCGGAGUUGUAUGGGUGAUGUUGGUUUGUUUUUUUUGGGAGUUGGUUCGAUUCGAUAUAUAUUAUUUUUAUGGUUUCUUUGGUUGGUCUAAUGGGACCUGUUGUUUGGGGUUGGUUAGGUAGGUGCUUCGGCACUUGAGAGAGAUAGUUGAAGCUGGAGCUGGAAUCCUGUUGCAC